AUGUCUAAUCAAAGCGACUUAGUACUAUCAAGACCAUAUCUAACAAAGUCACAGAUACAAAGAGCCCAAAAACACACUAUUCCUGACAGAAGAGCAUACAACCAGAAGAGGAUACUUGUCUUCAAAUUUUUAUGUCAACUGUGCGUGCAGCUUAAAUUACCGAGAAAGACUCUAGAGGCUACAAUGUAUUUCUAUCAUCGGUAUCAUGUAUUCAAUAAAUUCGAGACUGAGAUGUGUUAUGAUAUCGGCACGAGUUGCUUGUUUUUAAGUUGUAAGCAAGUUGAAACGUUUAAGAGGAUAGGGGAAGUGUGUAGUAUAGCAUUGAAGAUUCGCAACGUUCCACGAGUAACGUCGGAUGUUCUUGAAUCUUUUAAAAAGAGAGUAAUGCAAAUGGAACUACGAGUACUAGAGGCUUGUUCCUUUGAUUACAGAAUCAAUAAUGAAGUGCAUAUUGACGAGUUCAUCGUAAAAAUCGGGCGUGAACUCUCAUUUUCCUACGAGGUUUGCCGGUUGGCAUGGCUCAUAGCUUUUGAUGUUUUAAAGUUAGAAUUAUUAAUUACCGUUCCACCUCAUACUAUCUCAUUAGCGGUACUAAAACUUGCAUGCGAACUACUUAACGAAAGUAAGUGGCCAAAUGUUCGAUAUAAUCUUUUUGAAACCGACUCAGCAUCAUUUCACGAAGCAUAUUUUGAUAUUCUAAACUUCUAUAUUAAUGUAUUCGAUGCAUGCAACCUCAAAGAUCAUAAGACUGUACAGAAGUUGGACUUAAAGAUUGAGACUUUUAUAGAAAUAAAAAAGAAUGCUGGAUUGGAAAGUGGACUCAAAACAAAUGUUUUAUUGUUGGACAAAGAUGAUUACGUUUCAAAAGAACGUAACUUUUCAGUUAAAGAACGAAGAUAUGUCUUGAACAAAGAAUGUCUUCAAGAGGAACUGGCCUCAAACAAAAAAAGACCUAUUAGUGAACUAGACUAA